CCUGAAAAGAUUAUUUUAUACAAAAAAUAUCUGAAAUUGGAGUCCUCCACACAUGCUUGUAAAAUAAAGUUGCUCUCCUUUGGUGAAAAGCAGUGUGUGUUCAUCAGUAAACUUGUCGUACACUUGAAGCCAGUUUCAGCAAAUUCUUCAACAAGCCCUCAGGCUCUAGGAUCAAGGAUAGACCUUGACAGGGUCCAAACCAUCAUGGAGUCCAUGGGGUCUAAGUUAUCACCUGGAGCUCAGCAACUGAUGAAUAUGGUUAGAUUGCAGCAGCAGAAUUGUAUUCCCAUUGGAGAGCAGCUUCAGUCGGUUUUGGGAAAUACUGGACACAAGCAUAUGAUUGACCUACAAUCAUCGUCUACUUCAGGAGCCUUCAGCAAGUCAUCGUCCACACCUUUUCCUUUUAGAACUGGAUUGACAUCUGGAAAUGUGCCUGAAAACUUAAAAGCUUACCCUGAUAAAAGUACGCAGCCACUUGGUGGAGGAAAUAUUGCAAACCUUGAAGAGCGUAAAAUUGUGCCACAAAACCAUUCUCUUCUUGAGAAUGAUCUUAAAAAUGCACUAUCUUCUUUCCUAUCAAAGAAAGCAAGUGAUAACUCAAAUAUACCAAACUCUGAGCUGCUGCCUCUUCUACAGAGUAUGUGUAGUCAAGGUAACCAUUUCCACGUAGGACGUAACACCAAGUGGCUGGAAAACAUCACUAAGCCCAGUGAAGGCAUUGUUGGUGCUGCGUAAGUAUUUAUUUUAAGACAGCGGUGGCUUAGAUCUGUUAGAUGGGAGAAUCAGCUGAAGGGAGACAGAUUUGUCUCAAUGAGUAUCUUGCCUGAAAAUCUGUUUCUGGAAAUAAUUUUAGGAGCUUUUACAUUUUACCGUUAACACACUUAAAGGGAAUAACUAUUACACAGAGUAGAAUUGGUUGCUUUGAAAGAGGUUCCUAAAAGUGGAGGUGUUGAGCUCUUGAAGUGUUACAAACAUCAUGUAGAGGUUGGACUAGAACAUUAUUUGCAUAAAUGGAGUGGGGCUGUGGACCCAUAAUCUUUAUAUUGUUUUUAUUUAAGUUUGUACUAAAUUUUUUGGCUAAGUAUGUUAAGCAUGUCAUUGUAACAGAAUUUCUUUGUAGAUCAUGUUUGGCCUAGGCUAAUUUUGGAAUAAUCAAAACUAUAUUAGGAUGCUAACUAUUUAUAAUAUAUAGUAUAUAAGCCCUUAUCCCCUGAUCUUAUAAUCCCAUAUUUUUGCAGUACAUUUGAUUAAGAGAUGGUUAAGUAUUUACUGUGUUCCCUAUCCUUUACAUAAAUAUUUUGUUGUCACUGCCAUUGAGUCACUUCGGACUCCUGGUGACUCUGUACAGCAGAGCGAACCCCAC